UGCUAUGGACCCAAACGGAUAUAUAAACGGUGGUCCUUUUUAAUAGAGUAUUUGAAGGCUUGCUAUGCAUUGGAUGCUGUAGAAGAAUGGCUUUAAGCGAAUCCUCAGCAAUCUGGAAGGACAUCUUGGGACUUAAACCUGAAGAGCGAAAGGAGCUUCUUCAAUGGCAACUUCAAGCAAGGGAGCCGAUCCUCCGACUUUCUGACAUGAAACCAGGCGACCACCUCUUGAUGACAAGAAACCGUGGGACUUCGUUAGAGUACGCGCACCAUUUUCUCUGCAGCGGAAAAGACGAGAUGAGCGGGAAGCCGAAGAUCAUUCAUUAUUACAACACACCGAGAAAUUUCAUGAAGCAAAAGUUUCCCACCUCCUUGGGCUCGGGUUCAUGUCUCGAACAGCUAGGGAUGAUUCAGGAAAUGGCAUUGCCCGACGGAGACUUGAUCGCAGAGAGUUACGUCGAUCCGGAGACGGACCUGUUGAGAGUCGAAGUAGAAAGAGUUGUAUGGCCACAGAAACUGCGACGGUACUCUACAGAGGAAGUGAUUACGAGGGCCCAUAAAAGGGAGGGCGAGAAGGACUAUCAUCCGAUAAACAACAACUGUGAAUCGUUUGUUAUGUGGUGUUUGUGUGAUCUAAACAUAAGCUUGCAGGCGACUCCAGCGUGGAAGGCUUUUUGUGAGACAUUCUAUGCCACGACCAGAACACUAUGGCAGGCAAUACAACAGCUACCGAAGGUGGUUGCAGAAAUUUGGGACGACGUUGCGGUGGCUGGAGGUUCGGCUGUACCAAAAGCUCUCUCGAAAGUUGGAAUCAGCGUUGGGGUCAUCUCGACCGCGGUUGUUGAGGCACUCAUGGCUGGUUAUAACAUUCACAAGGAGUACAAGAAGUGGGAAGAUGGGGUAUUGGUUAGUUCAAGAGAGAAGUUCAUCGAAGAAGUGGUUGACAAUGUGAUUUUAGCUCUCAGUCGUAUCGGCGGAAGUGUCGGAGGAAUGAUAGUUGGCCAAGUUUUGAUUCCUGUUCCAAUCCUUGGAGGCCUCGUCGGAGCUUUAGUCGGAGUGUUUGGCGGUCAUUUGUUCGGAAAAUCAUUCUCGGAGCUGAUAAAGGAAGAUAUUGGGCAGACAAUAGAUGCUGUCAUGGAUCUCCUCGAAAAAAUAAAAGCAGAACUCAAGGCUGUGUGAUACAGGCAUUGUUUUUGUAGCUUUCAGUUGGAACUCCUGUAAGACCACUUUACCGUUUGCGUUUUUUUUGCAAAGGUAGUUUUAAAGUUUGGCAUAUUGCAAGUAGAGUCAUGACACGCAAAGAACCGGCAAUCAAUGCUAAAAAUAGGCGAUCGAGAAACGAACGAGCUCUCGAUUGUUGAACGAGAGAAGAGAGGGAACGAACGAAAGGGGACGAACAUAAGAACGAAUAAAAACAAAUGCAAAUUAUGCAGUGUAACGUAAAUUCAAAAUUGAAUAGUAAUGUAUAAUAAAAACAUUUAAGUCAUAAAAGUUAGAUUUCUUUCAAAGAAAAGAAUUUCUAAUAUUUUUAGCUGUACAAACUUUAGAAAAGGAUAACUUUUAGAAUACAUGAUAGCGAAUGUAAUUGGAAGCAUAAAGUAAUGAUUGCAAUAAAUAUUUG